AUGAAUUAUCAUUAUUUAUUGGCCACACCACUUGUUGUCCAACAUUGGCUCAAUUUGAAUGUCUCUUCGAUUGUAAUGCUAUGCGGGAAACAGAAAGAGUACAAAGAUGACCCGGCAGGCAGAGAAGUGAUCAAUGAAUUGAGUCGACUUGGUGUGAGUUAACCAUUUUUUAUAGAAAAAUGCCCAUUUUAUUUUAGGCAGAGCUGAUAUUUCUACAAAAUCACACCCUUAAUUCUAACAACUUUGCACAAAACAUGCGUAACUAUGCGGCGGCAACAACGUUUGUUCAGGAGAAGUUGAAUAAUAAGACUAUUUUGAUGACUUCCGAUGUGGAUUUUUAUCCAUUCCACAAAGAACAUCAUAUUCCGGAUAUGACGAAGGGAAAAGAAAUCUUCUUUUACAAUAUUGAUUGCUGCGGAAACCAAGAAUGGAAGGGGCUCAAGUAUAAACAAUAUGUGAUGAUUACCAUUGCAAUGACUGUCAAAAGAUGGAAAGAAGUUAUGGGUAGGAAAUUGGCAUCUAUUCCCACGCUUUACCAUAUUUGACGAUAAAGUUUGUACUGGUUAGAUACACGUGUCUUUCAGAUAUAUCCCCCACAGACCGAGCCACCGGCAAUUACAUUGAGAACAAGACCAACGCUGCAUUUGACUACGAGCUCGGCCGGAAACUCUAUGACUCCCAGUGGAUGUGGUAUCUGGAUCAACGUCUAUUCGGCCUCCAAUAUCAUCGAGCCAACAAAAUCCACCACUACGCUCCUUUGGUCUCAUCUUACAAGUACAAAACACGACUUGACCGCUCAACUUGGACGUCACAUACAAAAUCUGAAUUUAAGAAUAUGGACUUUUCUGAGGUCGACGAUGCCCAUACAUCUCCAGCCAUAUAUACAGAUACCUGGUGGAAUCUGAAUCUCCCAUUUUAUGAGAGAAUAUUCACAAAAGAACAGAUGCAGAAUAUUAUUGAUUACCGAGAAAGAGCCGUCAAAUUUGUCAAUCAAAACGCUACUGCCAAGCGGCAUUUCCAUCCGUAG